CUCAGUCAUAAUAAUAGUUUCACUGUGUUGUUUGCUGUUUUGUCUUUAGCAGAAAUGAAAAUCCGCUUUCGGCCAUACUUCUGUCAGUAUCGAAUUCUGAAGUAUCGAUUGUACUUCCGUCCAAUUUGAAACCUUUCUACAGAUAUCGGAAAUUUAAUUAUAAAAAAAGUUUUAAUAAUUCAGAAGUAAACAUUCAAUAUGCGGAAUAUAAGUAGAACUGAUAAGAAGAAACUUUCUUGGAUAUAUAGGAAGAAAACAAAAUUACAAAAAUCAAACGAAUCAAUACAAAACAUAACUGAUAAUAUAGAUGAAAAUAAGAAACCUAGAAUUAUUGUUCGUAAUAUACCAUUUAAGGCAACUAAAGAAGAUAUAAAAAAGUUAUAUGAAUCAUUUGGAGAAAUUUUAGAAAUAAAUUUUCCAAAACGUACUGAUGGUACAUUAGUUGGAUGUUGUUUUAUUCAAUUUAAACAAUUAGAAGAUGCAUCAAAAGCAAUAUUUAAUACAAAUAAAAAAGAAUUUCUUGGUAGAAUAAUAUCUAGUGGUUGGGCUGUUUCAAAAUCAAGAUAUUGCGAAAAAUUGAAAAAAGAAUUAGAAAAUUUGAAUGAUAAAGAUCAUCAUAUAGAUCAAAAUGGAGAAAAAAAUAAAAACGAAAUAUAUAAAAAUAAAGCAAAAGAGAAAAAUAUUGAAGAAAAGAAAGAUCAAUCUAAACAAGAAAAAUUGUUAUAUGCAAAAAAGGAAAAAAGAAAGCAAUUAAAGGAAAAGAAUCGAAAAAAAAGAGCAAGAGUUGUAGUUAGAAAUUUAUCAUUCCAAGCAAUGGAAGAAGAUUUGAAAAAACAUUUUUCUCAAUAUGGUACAAUAGAAGAAAUUAAAAUUUUGAAGAGAGAAGAUGGUGCAAAAAUAGGAUGUGCAUUUGUUCAAUUUGAACAUGUACAAAGUGCAGCUAAAGCUAUACAUUAUGCAAAUUUAAAACCACUUUUAGAUAGACCUAUUAUAGUUGAUUGGGCUAUACCCAAAAAUAAAUUUUCUAAGAAUAAUUCUGAAAAUAUAAAUCAAGAAGAUGAAAUAAAAGUAAAAGUAGAAGUAGAAAGUGACAUAGAAGAUAAUAUAGAUAAUAUAAAAAAAUUAAAUUCAAAUGAAGAAUUAAAUAGUGAAGAUGAAAAACAUGAUAUCGUUACAGAAAAUGAUGAAUUUGGUAUUUAUGAUGAUUUAGAGAAAGUAGAAAUAGAAAAUGAUGAAGAUCAAGAAAAUGAAGAAGAAGAAAAUAAAGAACAAAAACAGCUGGAUAUAAAAGAAAUAAAACAUCCACGUUUCGAAUCUCAUGAUGUUUCUGAAGGAAAAACUAUAUUUUUAAAAAAUGUACCAUUUUCUGUAAAGAAUCAUGAAUUAAAAAAAUAUAUGGAACAAUUUGGGCCAGUAUAUUAUGCUCUUGUAUGCAUAGAUUCACUGACUGAAUAUUCAAGAGGAACAGCAUUUGUUAAAUUUAAGAAAGUUGUAGAUGCUGAAAAGUGUUUGUCAGCAGGAAAUAAAUUACAAAUGGAAGAUCAAAUACUUGAAGCAUAUAGAGCCUUAGAUAAAAAUGAAGUUGAAAAUAAAGAAAAUUUAAAACAACAUAAACAAAAGGAUUCUAGAAAUUUAUAUCUUAUAAAAGAAGGAGUUGUAUUAGCUGGAAGUUCAGCUGCUGUUGGAGUUUCAGCAGCAGAUAUGGCAAAACGAUUACAAAUAGAACAGUGGAAAUCACAAAUAUUACGAAAUUUAAAUAUGUUUGUAUCAAGAGUGCGACUCGUUGUUCAUAAUUUACCAUCUACAUUAGACGAUUUUAAAUUUAGAAAAAUUUUUGAACAUCAUGGUCCUCCCACUGCGAUCAUUAGAGAGGCACGUGUUAUGCGAGAUAUAAAAGACGUGGAUAUUAAAGGAGUGGGAAAAUCGAAAGAAUAUGGAUUUAUUUCAUUUACGAAACAUGAAGAUGCACUUCAAGCUUUGAGAAAUGUGAAUAAUAAUCCAAAUAUAUUUACUUCCAAUAGGAGACCAAUCGUGUCAUUCUCGAUAGAAAAUCGGAUUAUGAUAAAUGCUAAGCGAAAAAGACUUGAAAAGAGUCGUGAAAAUAAUCCUCUUUGGACGGGAAAUAAAAUGAAAAGAAAAAAAGAAAAUACGAAUGAAGAAGUUGCAACAAAGAAAUUAAAAACUGAAAAUGUAGAUGAGUUUAGCAAAAAACCAUAUGCUGGAAUGAUUGGAAAACCUGGUGUAAAUAAAUUGCGAUCGAAACAUAAUUUAAAAACUCAAGCAAUAGUGCAUAAUCGAACUAUAAAAAAAGAAAAAAAAAUUAAAAAAUCAUCUAAAAAAUUAGAUAUAAAAAGAAAACAAAAAAUUAACGAUAAGAAUAAAAUCAAGCCAAAACAAAAGACAAAAAUAAACCACAAUGAUAUAAAUUUGGAAAAACUUGUAAAUAAAUAUAAAGAUAAAUUAAAAUCGAUAGAAUUGAAAAAAUCUAAAUGGUAUGAAUCGUAGAAUCUAAUUAAUAUUAUUAUUAUUUAAUAAUAAUAUUUAUUAGAUAUAAUAAUAUAAAUAUAAUAAUAUUAUUAUUUUAUGAUAAAAAAAAUUGUAUCAAAAAUAUGAUUUCUAUAUACAUAUAGACAGUAUAGUAAUAAUGUUCAAUAAAAAGAUCGACAAACA